CGGUAAGAGGGCGGGGCUAGGGGACCUGGCCCUCGGCGUUCCAGAGGGUGGGGAGGGGGCAAGUGUCAGUCAGGACUGGAUCCCGGCGGGAUACAGAGGAGAUCUCGGUGGCAGACAGGGGGCCCGGGCUGCUGCGUAUUGUCCACCCAAGAUGGAGUUCCUCCUGGGGAACCCGUUCAGCACCCCAGUGGGGCAGUGCCUCGAAAAGGCAACAGAUGGCUCCCUGCAAAGUGAGGAUUGGACGUUGAAUAUGGAGAUCUGUGAUAUCAUCAAUGAGACGGAGGAAGGGCCAAAGGAUGCCAUUAGAGCCCUAAAGAAGCGGCUCAACGGGAACCGGAACUACAGAGAGGUGAUGCUGGCAUUAACAGUGCUGGAGACAUGUGUGAAGAACUGUGGCCACCGCUUCCACAUCCUUGUGGCCAACCGAGAUUUCAUCGACAGUGUUCUGGUCAAAAUUAUCUCUCCCAAGAACAACCCUCCCACCAUUGUACAGGACAAAGUGCUUGCUCUGAUCCAGGCAUGGGCUGAUGCCUUUCGAAGUAGUCCUGACCUCACCGGUGUUGUGCACAUAUACGAGGAGCUGAAGAGGAAAGGGGUUGAAUUUCCCAUGGCAGACUUGGAUGCUCUGUCUCCCAUACACACACCACAGCGGAGCGUCCCAGAAGUGGAUCCAGCCGCGACCAUGCCCAGGUCCCAGUCACAGCAGAAGACAAGUGCUGGUUCCUAUUCCUCGCCACCUCCUGCUCCCUACUCCGCACCACAGGCCCCGGCUCUGAGUGUGACUGGCCCCAUCACAGCCAAUUCAGAACAGAUUGCCAGGCUGCGGAGUGAACUGGACGUCGUUCGCGGAAACACAAAAGUCAUGUCUGAGAUGUUAACAGAAAUGGUCCCUGGACAGGAGGAUUCAUCUGAUCUGGAGCUGCUGCAGGAGCUGAACAGGACCUGCCGGGCCAUGCAGCAGCGUAUUGUGGAGCUCAUCUCCCGUGUGUCCAACGAGGAGGUCACGGAGGAGCUGCUUCAUGUGAACGACGACCUCAACAACGUUUUCCUUCGAUAUGAGAGGUUCGAACGAUACAGGUCUGGCCGAUCGGUUCAAAAUGCCAGUAAUGGAGUCCUGAAUGAAGUGACGGAAGACAACUUAAUAGACCUGGGGCCAGGGUCUCCAGCCGUGGUGAGCCCUAUGGUGGGGAACACAGCACCCCCAUCUUCCCUCUCCUCCCAGCUUGCAGGCUUGGACUUGGGGACAGAGAGCGUCAGUGGCACCCUCAGUUCACUCCAGCAAUGUAACCCCCGUGACGGCUUUGACAUGUUUGCCCAGACGAGAGGAAACUCCUUGGCUGAGCAGCGUAAGACGGUAACCUAUGAGGAUCCGCAGGCUGUCGGAGGGCUUGCUUCUGCACUAGACAGUCGAAAACAGAGCUCAGAAGGGAGCCGAGCUCUGUGUCCAUGUGGUGGAGCCUGAGCUGGAGAAAACGCAGAGAAGGAAAGAUGAUGAAAGCAGUGGGAACUUGGGCCUCUCCCUCCAGGUGGGGCGGGGUGAGAGGAAUACAUAACUGCCCCUAGUGUGCUAUGCCAGGCUGUGGCCGGAGGAAAGGCCAGCAGGCCCUAGACUGCAGGCAGCACAGGGGCCACCUGCUUGAGCAAAGUGUGACCAGUGAGCAGGAACUUGGGCCAUGCAGGACCACCCAGAGCCAUGGGGGUGAGGGGCAUCUGCCUGCCACCCAGCUUGGGUGGUGCCCUCUGCACAGCUCUGCUGUCAGCCCGGGCAGGUCUCCCGCCACCUGUGACAGCAGCAGCACACUCCUGCUCUGGGUGAGGAGGCAGUUCCUCCACUGCACCCCAAGCCUGUUCUUAGAGAGAUGCGCUGGCCCAGGCCUCUCAUUUGCUUCUUCAGGGACAGGCUGGGCUCUGGCCCACAUGUCGGGGCCCUUACAGCAGGGCUUCUCGAGAUCAUGUCCACUCAUUGGGAAGAUCCAGCCCACGUGUCCUUGUGCCUAUUUAUCCUGCAAAAAAGGAUACUGCCCAUACAAACUCCCGUGAGGGCAGCCUUGGCAGCUGGUGGUGGCGCCUGCCUCUGCCCACACAGACUGCCCCCCGCUGCCUGGUCCCCACAGACAGCUCCAGUCUCUAACUUCCCAAAAACAAACGUAACUAACAGCUAACCUGGUGUCUUGCCUGACUGACUGCAGUUUUUUUUUUUUUUGUCUUUACAACAACAAAUAUUAAUUGCUUUGCCUUAUUUCCCUUAGUGUAGAAACCUUGAGUCUUUUCAAACCUCCCAAGUACAAAUUCUUUACUUGGAAACUUUUUGUACUAUUGAGUGAGAUCAAAGGCGUUUAGACUUCGUCUCAGAGGGGUGGUACUUGAAGUGUCGUAGGAAGGGAUUCACAGCUUCUCUGGAAAUAGCAUACCUGAGCUAGAGAAAUUGUUCCUGUUGCAUUGAAAACUGCACAGGUGGGUUCCCUUGUGGGCCUGGGGCUGUGGGAAGCUGCAGAGGAGCAGCUGAUGGAACCCUUAUGCUCCUGGGUCUCAGGUGUGUGGAAGUUAACUACCACCACCAGGCUUAUUACCGGCUGAAGAGAAAUGAGGUCUGUCAACGGGCCAGCGCCGGGCGGCUCUCAGGGAGACUCCUAGGCUUGUGCUCUCUCUCCCUGGCCUCUCUAGUGUGAGGUCUUUUUGCCUCUUCUGGCUGCUGAUUAGCUUGGGGUGUCUUCCUUAUGCAGGGUGCAGCCAGGAAGAUACCCUCAUAAGUCAAAACAGGAGCAGUGGUAGGUUAGUAGAGUCUGCUGCUGCCAAAACCCAGGUGUGGGUUUGGAGGGCAGGACUCCCUACUCACACCUUGAGGCCCCCAAGGCUCCUCUUACUCUGGAAGGUUAAUCCUAACUCCUGGAGCACCAGACACCCCUCUCCCCCUUGGGCAGGCAACCCUCCCUCCUGAUCCCUGAGGCAGAGCUGCCCCUGCCUGCAGUUCCAAGUAAGAAUCAGCAGACAGUAGCGUGGCUCACCUGCUGCUCACAUCAAAACCUGUGGCUUCUGACAUCCCAGAUGCCUGUCUAUGGACUUUGAAAAUGGGCAGGGCUAGUCUAACCACUGCCUCGGCCAAGCCAGCCUGGCUGAGCUUCGGGCUGUAGGCUCUACUGGAGGGCUUUCCUGUGCUAGCUUCCUUCCCUUUUCCCUCUUCACAUGUCUUCUUCCUUUCUGUCCCCUCUUCCAACUCAUACUCUUCUUCAGAUCCCUCAGACCAGCCUUCAGCUUGGAUCAUUGCCCAAGAAAAUGCUGAAACGGUGGUACAUCAGGCUGGGCGCAGUGGCUCACACCUGUAAUCCCAGCACUUUGGGAGGCCAAGGUGGGCAGAUCACUUGAGGCCAGGAGUUUGAGACCAGCCUGGCCAACAUGGCAAAACCCCAUCUCUGCUAAAAAUA